CUCUUUCCUCCGGCUCCUUCGCACUGAAACGUCUCCCCUGCCUGUUGCGCGCGUCGCUGUCUAUCUGCACUGGGUGUACAGUGUAUGUGUGUGUGUGUGUGUGUGUGUGUGUGUCUCAGUGGGAGCAUGGCAGCCAUCAAGGCUCUGGAGCAGUGGUGUAAAAUGCACUGUGAGGGCUAUCGAGAUGUGGCCAUCACCAACAUGACCACCUCUUUCAGGAACGGACUGGCUUUCUGUGCGCUUAUACACAAAUACAGACCGGACCUCAUAGACUAUGAGUCACUCAGAAAGGAGGAUGUGUUCGAGAACAACAGGCUGGCGUUUCAGGUGGCAGAGGAGAAGCUGGGGAUCCCAGCUUUGUUAGACGCAGAAGACAUGGUGGCUUUAAGGAUCCCAGACAGGCUGAGCAUCCUUACCUACGUCUCCCAGUACUACAACUACUUUAAAGGACGGUCUCCAAUGGGAGGUGUAAAGAGGCCAGCAGAGGGCUCCAAGGAGGAGCCAUCAGAGAAGAAGAAUCUCCCAGUUGUUGCCAAAACCUUUGUGUCUAAAAGUGCCUCGGAGAAUCGUUCACCUUCAGCUGUCACUGCUCAGACCUCCCCUAAGGUGGCCAGAGCUGCUGCUCAGAAGGCUGUUCUGGCUGAAAAUGGCAACAAAAAUGGGACUCUGAACAGCAAAUGUGUUGCAUGCAAGAGUCACGUUCAUCUGGUUCAGAGACACUUUGUGGAAGGCAAGCUGUACCACAGAAGCUGUUUUAAGUGCAGUGAUUGCUCCAGUGUUCUUCACGCAGGAGGCUACAAACCUGGGAAGAAUCCCGACACGUUUAUCUGUAAAGCCCACCACAACAGUUGCAAACCCUCCUCCACCAAGGACGGGAUCAAAGGCAGUUCAGCUGGGCCGUUAAACAGCUCCAGCCAGACCCAGCCUGCGUCACGCCUCUCUUCUGUGCUGUCAGCUCCGCUUAAUAAUGCAGUGAAGACGGCGGUCAGUCCUGCUCCACCUUCCCUGUCCUGGACAGCAUCAGCACAGAAGACCCAGUCGGCCCGGCAGAGGUUUUUCCAGUCUGCGCAGCAAGCUCCAGAGGCCGCGACAGUUAACAGGAAGCCCGCAGAGCCUUUAAGCAGUUCAGGAAGGCCGAAGGUCCAACUGAGUUCUGAUGAAGAGAAGAGCAGAGCCAGGACGACCAUCGGAAAGAAACUGGCAGAAGAGAACUGCAACAACAACAACAAACGGCUGUUCACCAUCAGACCAGCAGAGACACGGUUUGGAGAUGAGCCAAGUUCCGCUGACAGACCCGGUUUGAGAAAAGAUAAAUGUAGCCAAGGCCCAGCAGGAAACCAGGCAGGACAGCCCUCCUCCAGCCAGACAAACAAUAAGGAAUUUCCACGUCUGAAGGCCGUCAACAAAGACAACACAAGGCCAACGACUGUACACACGACCGCUGCAGAUCCGAUCCAAGGGAGGCAAUCACAGCUCGAACCUUUGAACACCCAGCUAUGUCUUAAAGAUGCACAAACAGAAGUGUAUACUGAGCCACAUAAGCCUGAGUUCCGGUUUGCGACUUCUUCUAAUGUCUCCAUCAGUACAACACGGCCUCCCUCGGCUCAAACACCUGCACAACCAGCAGUCAGCUUUGCUCUGUUUGAUGCUGCACAUUUCACACAAGUGUCUCCUCAGAAACCUCAUCAUGCCUUUGAAAACCCAAGUUUUCAACAGGAGACUCACUCAUCUGUGAAAUCCCCACCCAGACGGCCAGCUGUGGAAUCUAUUAGCUCCUCAAUGUCUGCUCCAGCCAAUCACGGGAAUCCGUCAUGUGCUAAAAAGGGAAAGUAUUUGUCACCCACCAACGCCUCCAGGACUCAAAUGAGGUCACCCUCUGUGAAGUCUUAUCAUAUUCCAGCGGAGCAGAUUGAGAGAGAGCUGAACGAUAUUGAGAUGAACUUGGCUCAGUUGGAGAAGGAGGGCGUGGAGCUGGAAAAGAAACUCCGCAGCUGUGAGGAAGAGGGGGAUGGAGACAUACUGAUGGACCCUCUGAUGGUCGAAUGGUUCACUCUCAUUCGAAAGAAACAGGUGUACAUUAGAAAGGAGUCAGAGCUUGUUUACAUAGCCAGGACUCAGGAGCUGGAGCAGCAGCAGCCCGGUGUGGAGGGGGAACUCCGCAGGCUGCUGGAGAAGCCAGAUCAUUUGAAGUCCAGGGAGGAGCAACAUCGGGAGAAGAAGUUGAUGCGGAGACUGAUGGAGAUUGUGGAUGGCAGAAAUGCAAUAGUUGAGGGUCUUGAUGAAGACAGGCGCCGGGAAGUGGAAGAGGAUCAGCAGUUGAAUGAAAUGAUGAAAAAUCUCGGUGUAAAAAAAGCCAAAAACAAAAGGAAAUCCUCCAUCUCUAAAAUGUUCAGGAGAAGAAGUAAAAGACGAGUGGAAUGAUGUUCAGCACAGUUUUUUUCUUGCUAACACUUACUGUGUUAUUGUUCAUGCUUUUGAAAAAUCAAGGUUUUUAUAUUUUGAUACCGAAGUACCUGAAGUGUGUAAAUGAAAAGAAAAAAAAUGUCAAAUGAUGAUGAAAUAAUGUAUUGUUUCCAUUAUGUUGAAAUAUUUGAAAUUGAAGGUUCUUUUAAAAUGUUUUUUUCCUGUUCAGUAUUCUUAGCUCUCUGCUUACUGUUUUUACAUUUCCCAUGAUUCACUCUUUUCAACAACAGAUUUUAGAACGUGUUUAUUUUAGUAAACACUUUCAUGAGUUCAUAAACUGAGAGUGUUUCCCUGAUAUGAUGUAGACUGCAGUAAAAGAGUAACAUAUGAGUCACCAUUCAUGGAUAUGUUCUAAAUGUAAAGAUAGAUUUAUUGAAACAUUUGAAUGUGAUUUCAAAUCAGCCUACACUUGGGGUCCAGAAAAGAGUUCAUUUUGAGUUAGAAACCAGAACUAUAACAACUGACAAAUUCCAGUGGAAACAGCGACUUCCUCUUCGUGCAAAUGGGAACGAGAACAAUAGACGUGUAAUCCUUCAACAGUCGGGAUCCAAAAUGAAAUUAUUUCAGUUUUUAUUUAAUAAUGGAUUUUAACAAAUUUCCUGUAAGGAUAUUAGCAGGAGAAAAAAGGGCCUUGACAAUUAAGUUAGAAUGACUGUGGAGUGUAAAAUGAAGAGCCACACAUGUUGAACCGGCUCGCUGCAGAGAGAGGGGGAGAGAGACUGCCGCUCCUCUCCCACGCUGUACUGUAGGUGGCAGCCUGGGUAUGCUGUAUAACACGGCAGGAACUUUGAAAUCCAAUUUGCCACAGUGCGGACAGUUAAUUUCUUUGCUAAUUUUAUAAAUGCUUCAAAAAUGUUCGGCUGUGCUGAUGCAAUAAUGUUAUGUGAAAGAGGAUUAGGUAGAGCAGUAGCUUAUGGCCGGGGAAGGCUUAUAAACUAUAGGUUGUAUUGAGCUCUUUAUCUUCAAACUGGCUUUAAUUAAACACUACUCUUUACUAAUAUCUGCAUCAGAAAUUCUCCGUACCUGCACUAUUAAAUGUUUAAAGGACGUGUGGAGUCACUGGUGCGUGAAAAUGGCAUCCAGAGUGUUUCCAGGGAGUGAACUGAGGAAGAGUUGACUUUUAGUUAUUAUUGAAUGGUAUGUGCUUGAUCUGUAUUUAUAGCAUUUUUCAACUUGAAAUCUCUUCAAUAAAUCCUUAGAAGAUGA